AUGGCACGAUCAAGCAUCGCUUUAGCCCUUUCGGCAAUUGAAACCCUGGAGGAGAUUGCUAUUCGCUUGAGAGCAGCCGCUGAUCAGGCUGCUGCGGAGCUCGAAGCAGCUGAGGCCGUCGCCGACACUCGCGCCGCCGAAGAAGCGACUGCGGCCGCCAACGUGGCGGCGGCGGAGGUGGCGGCGGUGAAAUCCGCGGCGGAUUGGCAGGCGGCAAACGCGGCGGCAAGCGCGGCGAAGGCCACCGCGAAGCAGGCGCGGAAGAACGCGACGGACGCGAAGCAGGCGACCGCGGGGCUGAAGAAGAAAGCGGAAGCCGCCGAUAGGUACCAGAAGGCGCAGGAGAAGGCGCAAAAGGCGUUGGAAAAAUCUGCGCAGGCGAAGUCGCGGAAAGACAAGGCCGUGUCUGCGGCAGGCGCGCAGCAGCAGGUUGCCGACGAUGCGACCAAGGCGGCUGCGGACGCCGCCAAGAGCAAGGGCAAGGGCAACGGCGCGGCGAAGGCGGCUGAGGCGAAGGCUAAGGCGGAGCAGAAGAAGGCGGCGGAGUUGAACAAGGCCGCGCAGAGCGCAUCCGCGGAGGAGUCCGCCGCAAACACGGAAGCAACCAAGGCUGCCGCGGAGGCGGCGCGGACGCUCAAAGUGACGCUCACGCCGGAAGAUCAGGCGCUGCUGGACAAGGCGGCUGCGGCGGAGGCGGCGGCGGCGAAGGCUGAGGCUGACGCUAAGGCGGCGGAAGACGCGGCGAAGGCGGCGGAGAAGGUAGCGAAAGCCGCGGCGGUGCGGCUGACGAAGCUGAGGUCGGCGCUGAGGGCCGCGCAGGCGCGCAGGGCGGAGGCGGACAGGAUAGUGGCGGAGAAGGCUGCAGCUGCGGAGGCUGCGGAGGCUGCCGCGGAGGCAGCAGAGGAGGCGGCGAGCCGCGCACCUGGCUCGGAAGGUGCUCCUGGUUCGGAGAGCGCGCCUGGCUCAGACGCUGCCCCUGGGUCCGAGGCUGCUCCGUGA